UAUUUCACUAUGAAACCUAAAAUUCAGUAGUAGAUGAACUUUUUCGUAUCUGCCUUUUCAUCAAUACUGGUUUUGUUGUUGUAUGUAAACUAUUUUGUACAGUUUUUUCGAUUAAAUAUGCUUCAGUAGUUUUAUUUUAUAUGUCUACGUACUGUUUUUUUUUAAUGCAACCACAAUUCGUUGAAACAUAUUUUCUAAUACAAAGCUACUCUUACAGGAAGGUACUAACUAACAUUUUAAAUGGGGCAGUAAAUCAGUAAUUCGUCAUGUAAUAGCCGAAUUUUAAUUCAAUAGGAUAAUAAAUACAAGUAGGACAGACUAUCAACAUUAAUGUAGUUGAAAUCGUAGAAAAAGCAGAGUCCUUAUUUUUGAAUGCGCAAAAACUCAUUUAUUAGCAUGCUUUUUUAUUUUAGAAAAAAAGAGUCUACAGUCCAUACUAUAGUAAGUUUACAGCUUGAAGAAUUUUCAUAUUAUCGUCUGUGGAACUAUUUCGCCAAUCACUCACAAGCUCAAAGACGAGUAAUGCCAUCUGUCAAGUCUGAGUGGUCAACCGAUUGACGCGCGCGAUUGACAUGUCCAUUUUAAUAAAAAUGUUUUUCCGUGUAAUUUGUUUGUAUUUACUAUUUACUACUCAAAUAUCGUGUCGUGAUGACACAGAAAUUAAAUCAGAAGAAGAUGUUGGUGUAAAGUACGCAAAUCGUUGUGAGGUAUGCAAAAUAUUGGCUACUGAGUUGCAAGGCAGACUCGAAGAGACCGGUAAAGUGCACGAUGUCAUCGAAAUUGGAUACUCCUUGGACGACGUGCAACAAAAAAAGACCAAGUACCAGAAGUCAGAACUGAGACUAAUCGAAUCCAUAGAAGGUGUUUGUGACAAAAUCUUGGAAUACAACAUCCACAAGGAACGCCAAGACAGCACCAGGUUCGCUAAAGGUAUGAGCCAAACAUUUAAAACUUUACACGGUUUGGUCGACAAAGGAGUAAAGGUAGAUCUAGGUAUUCCACUUGAGUUGUGGGAUAAGCCAUCUGCAGAGAUUACACACAUGAAAACGCAGUGUGAAAGUUUAUUAGAAGAAAAUGAGAUGGCUGUUGAAGAUUGGUAUUGGAAUCAUCAAGGAGAGAUAGAUCUGAAGAAACAUUUGUGUACUAAACAUGCCUUGAAGGGAACUGAUGACUCCUGCUUGUCUGAAGAGCUGAGCUCUUCCAAGGGAGAGCGCGGGAAAGCAGACAAGUCAGAACUAUGAGAUUAGGUGUUCUCUUAGAGAAUUAAAAGUACAAGAACAAUAUACAUAUUCUGAUUAUUUCCAGUAUAUGAGCUCUGUGAUAGGAUGGAGGCAUUUCAAUUGUAAUUUAUUAAGUGUUAGUAUUAUUAAAAAUGAAAUAACUUUAAUAUACCUCUUGUGUCGCCAUGUACUAUAGAAACUGUGCAUCAUGCUCAAAAUUUGAAAGUUUCAGCUUUUUCUACAUGAUAAUCUCAUAUAAUAUGUGUACUUAUCCUUCCCAGCAUUAUAAUAAGAUACUUUAUAUUGCCAUUUUAUGUAAAUAACAUCAAUUACUUCUAUUUUAUUAUAUAAGCACAAUAUCAAAUUGAUUUCAUGAUCAAAGGCAAGUUUCAAACAUUUGUAAGUCAUGCUUUAUUUAUACAAUUAUACUGAAAGUUUAAAUAAAGACUUAAAUUAUA